AACUCCCAGCCUAAAGUCUCUGCGUUGCUCUGCUCAGGUUUAACGCAGAUUAGAGUCGCUGCAGACCUUCAGCUUUGGUUCAGCUGAGAACAUCACCGCGUCCUUCAAUCCCGCUCAACAGGGGGGGAAAAACUUUUCAUUUUUACGCACAAACCCGUCCAAAAAGCGUUCUUCUGCGGAAGGUUACGCAAGAGAAAGUGAUAUCUACUAGGGAGGCUCGAUUGGAGGAAAAAAAAAAAAAACGGGAACAAAGAAAAGCACAUAUUUAAGUUUCACAAGGAGCAACAGGAAAAAAUGUCCAAACCCAAUUACUCCGGGACGUAUCAUCUGGUGGAGCAGGACAAUAUGGACACCUAUCUGGCAGCUUUAGAUAUUAAUUUCGCCCUGAGGAAGAUUGUUUGUCUGCUGAAACCCACUAAGGAGAUCACCCACGACCCGGCCACGGGGGCCAUGAAGAUCAGAACCCUCACCACUUUCAAGAACUUCAACAUGGACUUUACCAUCGGGAAAGAGUUCACGGAGGACCUGGGACCUGUGGACGGCCGUACCUGCCAGACUACAGUGAGCUGGGAAGGAGACAAACUUGUUUGUGUACAGAGAGGAGAGAAAGAGGGACGAGGCUGGACCCACUGGCUGGAAGGCAACAAGCUCCAUUUGGAGAUGAGAGUUCAAGGCAUCGUUGCCAAGCAAGUCUUCCAGAAGGCCGAUUGAAGUUGCUGAAAAUCUGCUGCAACACAGCUUGGUAUUAAAGUAGACGGUACAAGAACUGAA